UACUUAUACCUCCCUUUCCCCCAUCUUUUCCUUUCCAUUCUUUUCCUUCCAAUUCCGAUUCCGAUUCCAUUUCUUACAAAGCAAUGGACCGGAAAAUCAUUCUCCUAAUCACACUCAUUUGCCUCAUUGUAGCUUCCGUCGGAGGCCAAUCUCCGGCAGCUUCACCAACAUUUCCUCCACCGUCAUCCAUCAUCAUUCCUCCCGCCAGCUCACCUUCCAAAUCCACUCCAUCUCCCGCCAAAUCUCCGAUAUCUUCACCGACACUACCUGCACCGGAAACCGCUCCGAUUUCAGCUCCACCGACGGUUUCCGUACCUCCUCCGGCUGCCGCUCCGAUGAGCUCACCACCUGCUCCAGUUCCGAUCAGCUUUCCGCCGUCGGUAAUUGAAUCUCCACCUGUACCGGAACCAACUCCUGCUCCGGUUGAAGCACCGACUACUGCUGCUGAUGUUCCGGCACCGGCGCCUAGCAAGAAGAAAACGAAGAAGAAACAUGCGGUGUCUUCGCCGGCUCCUUCACCGGAUAUGAUGAUGUCACCACCUGCUCCUCCUAGCGAAGCCCCUCGACCUAGUGACGAGUCUCUAUCUCCUGGUCCUUCUGCCGCCAAUAUUGCUGAUGAGAAUGGAGCAGCAGAGAAAUUAAAGAGCGUACAGAUGGUGGUCGGGAGCUUGAUCUUGUCAUGGGCCGUCUUCAGCUGGCUCUAGGCCCUUUUUAAUUCAUUAUUUUCUCUUCUCCAUUUUAUUUAUUUUAUUUUUAUUUUUAUUUUUUUUAGCUUAAUAUAUAGUAUAUUUGU